CGGACUUUUACUCGGACUGCUGUUCUCAUGGAAUGCGAUGCACAGUCCAGCGUAUUACGCUUGACAAUUCUCAUCCCAUUUCCAGGGCGAAUUCACAAUCCAGCGGAAAGACCUUGCAUCCGAACCUUGUUCCCCCGGGAGUACCUGCGCACACUCACUCUGCUCUCUCCUGUCAGCACCACCACUGCCUGGAACCUUUUCGUCAUACACGCCGCUCAUCAACUCUUUUCUUCUACUGUCCAGCGCAGUGGCAGGGAAACAACAAACAAUGGCGGCCCGGGCGAAGCAGCAGCAGCCGGUGCCCAAGCCCGAUGCCGCGGUCGCAGCCAAACAGCCAGCAGCACCAGCACCAGCAGCGUCAGCGGCAGACUCGUACCUGAUCCUGUACAACUCGCUCUCGCUGCUGCUGUGGGCGUACAUCCUCUACACCACGUCCCAGCUGCUGCUGGUCGAGCACUGGCCGGACCUCACCGCCGGCAACGCGGCGACAUGGGAGCUGCUGCACGGCUUCGCGCUGACGACCGAGUCCCUCGCGGCCCUCGAGGUCCUGCACGCGGCGCUCGGCCUCGUCCGCGCCAGCCCGCUCACCACGGCCCUGCAGGUCGCCGGGCGCAACACGGUGCUCUGGGCCGUCGCCAGGAACUACCCGGACGUCAUGGCGCGGGGCGUCGGCUGCGGCUACGCGGCCCUCCUCCUCGCGUGGAGCGCCGCAGAGGUCGUCCGCUACAGCUACUUUGUCGUCGCCCUGCUCGGCAAGGUCCAGGGUGGCGAGGCCGCAGGGCAUGCCGUGCCGCCGUGGUUGGUCUGGAUUAGAUACACAAUGUUCAUCCCGCUCUACCCGGCCGGCAUCCUCUCCGAGUGCUGGCUCAUCUACCACGUCAUCGCGCCCUCGAGGCACCGCCAGGCAUACUACCAGUACCUCCUCUGGUUCGGCCUGCUCAUCUACAUUCCCGCCUCGUACAUCCUCGGUACACAUAUGUUUGCCCAGCGUCGUAAGAUGCUCCGCGGCACGUCCAAGGCCAAGGCCACUACAGUCAAGCGCUCAUAAGGGGGGGAGGUCUCACUUGUUCUUUCCUCUUCUCUCUUCUCUCUUCUCUCCUCCUCUCUCUGCGCCGCCCAUUUCCAACCUCCCUAGCGCGGAGGUGGAAGCCCUGAGACCAUUUCCAGAAGAAGAAGAAGAAGAAGAAGA